UCAAUCUGCGCUCUCAAAUCCGCUUUCCUCCUCCUUCUCAACUCUCAACCAAACCAAGCACUCCCACUCCCUCUAUCUGUAAUUCUCAAAUAAUCUGUCUGUAUCCGCCAAAUUCAACCACUUCUUGCUUCAAUUCUCAAUCUGGGGUUAGGGUUAGGGUCGGGGGUUUGUGGUUUUGAUUGAUGGAUGUCUGCAGAAGCUAUUUGGCCAUAUUAGGGCUAUAUAUAUAGUUAUGAGAAUUAGGGUUUCAUACGAUUUCCAUAUUAGGUUUAGAGGUUUAAGCCAGAAAUGAGGAGCCGCUCGCAUCGGCUUCAGGUGUCGGAGCCCCGCCAUGACGACUGGGUCGACGGUUCGUGGACGGUGGAUUGCAUCUGCGGCGUCAAUUUUGACGAUGGCGAGGAGAUGGUGGAUUGCGAUGAGUGCGGUGUGUGGGUGCACACGCGAUGCGUGCGUUACGUCAAAAGCGAUAAAUCUUUUGCCUGUGAUAGCUGCAAGAGCAAGAGCAGUGCCAACGGCGGCGGCGGCGUUAGGAAUGAUAGCGAGGAGACAGAGGUGGCGGAGUUUCUCGUCGAGUUGCCUACCAAAACGCUGAUGGAUAACCCUAAUCCAGCCACUGUCUCGGCGAGGAGGCCAUUCCGGCUGUGGACUGAUUUUCCGAUGGAGGAGAGGGUUCACGUUCAAGGGGUUCCUGGCGGCGAACCGGGGCUAUUUUCCGGCGUUAAAUUGUCUUCUGUUUUCGGGCCUGAGUUGUGGAAGUCUACUGGUUAUGUUCCCAAGAAGUUUAAUUUUAGAUAUGAUGAAUUCGCGCAUUUAGAUCCUGGUGGUAAGGUCGAGGAAAAGAAAGAGGAUGCCGGUAAUUCAAAUGCUCAAGAAAAUGGCAGCCAAGAUGAUAAUGGCGCCGGAGUUUUGUUCUCUUUGUUGAAGGUGAAUGAAAAUACAGUGUCGUCUCCUGUAGCGAAUCCUGUUGGUGUGAAAAGCCCGGUUGAAGGAGGUGGGUUCGAGGAGGCGUUAUCUCCGACUCAGAAGAAGUCCGAUGGUCAAAAACCAGUUACUGAGUCCCCAGAAGAGGGCGUAAAGAAAGAGAGUGGUACCGUACGGAUUGUGUUGCACACUGGAAAGCGGAAGAAGGAGGAGAAGCAUGGAGUGUCAAAGGAUCAACAUGUAAAGAAAAAGGUAAGGACUGUUGAGAAAGAGGGAGGUCUUAGUAAGAGGGCAACUCAUGGUUCUGAAGCAGUACUAGCUUCAACAUUCUCAAGUGAUGCGAAACAUUUGAACUUUUCUCAAGACAGAGGCUCCAAGGCAGCCAGAGAUGAUACUCCCAGUGGCAAGGAGCUUCCCGGCGAUCAACUAUCAGACAGUCUUGGUGAAUGUGCUACAAACUUAGCUUCAAAGGAUCAUGGUGCGGAGGCCACCCUCAGGAAUGAUGUUUCAAGUGAAGGCAUAUCUAGGCAAAAAAUCUUGGGACAAACUCCUUUGGGAUCUGAGGCUUCUAAAACCAGUAAUGCCCUGGAACCAAUAAAAGAAACAAGUGAUUCCCACCCGCAGAACUUGACAAUGAAAGAAGAGGUCCCUGAAGAUGUUGCUGAGGCAGGCAUCAGAAGUGUAGAAAUCGACUCACAUGACAAAGAGCUUGUGGAUCCGGAAGCUACGAUUGCUGCUCCAGAUGGCAAAGAAAGUCAAGAUGGGAAAGAUUCAGACACUGAUGAGGCAAAUUCCCAGCCAAAUAAGAAAUUAAAAGGAGAGUUGGGUUCUGAUGAUCAUGGGCGUCAAAAAGCACAGCCUUUGAAUGAUGUGAAGUUAGAUGCUAUCAAAGUGACCCCUCAGUACCCUGAAUCUUCUGUUGAUAUUUUACUUGAUGAGACUAAAGUGAUUGAGGCAUCUGCAGUCAAUUCAGAAGCAACAGAAAGGAAGGUGAUUGCUGCAAUCAGGGGUCCAAGUGUUGGUAGUUCCAGAGCAGAUAAAUCUGAUGACAUGCCGAGUAAGCGAGAACCUGUUUCUUCAGGAGGUGCAAUGGUAGCAAAGAAAAGAUCUUCUGGACUGAAACAUAGUUCGGAUGCGGCUGAUGAGUUGCUUAAAUCUGAUAGCACAGCCAAAAAUUACUCAACAGCUUCUUAUCGCCGUAAAGCUGUGGUAUCUGUGGUGAAACCUACUUCAACAUCUGGUGAUGUAGUGCCCAAACCCCCGGAUCGCAUGGUUACAACUUCUCAAAAUACGUCUAUACUCAGAAGACAGAAGGAUUUGUCUGAAAACAAUGUGGGAAGUGUGAAAAACAAUGCUGCGCCUGAUUCUACAGAGCAUGACAAAAAAAGCGGUAGGACAAAGAAAUUAGUAAAAGAAUCAUCGAGGUUGAAUUCACUCUCAAAAGUAUCAGCAUCAGCUAAAUUGUCCCACUCGUCUGAUUCCAAGAAACCGCCAUCUGAUUCAAAGGAUCCUGGCAUUCAUUCUUCUUCCAAAGGUCUGUCAGUGACAAAUGUGGCCUCCAAUCAUCAUUCUGGUGACUCUACGAAUCCACAGGCUGAGGGUCCUUCAAAUGUACAGAAUAAGGUGGCUGCGCCAGCUGUACCAGGAAAAAGUGAAAAGCAUCAUCAGUCUAAUAACUCAUCAUCUAGAGGGAAUGUGGUGACUGCUCCAGGAGGGUCAAAUGUUCCUUCAACAUUGAGUGAUGAAGAGCUUGCUUUACUUCUACAUCAAGAACUCAAUAGUUCUCCAAGAGUUCCUAGGGUCCCACGAAUGCGUCAUGCUGGGAGUUUACCUCAACUAGCAUGUUCGACUGCAACAAGUAUGUUGAUGAAGCGGACAAGUAGUGGUGGUACAAAAGAUCAUAGCAUGUCGUCUAGAAGGAGAGCUAAGGAUUUUAAUGGAGAAACUUCACAUGGUUCUCUAGAGGCUAGCAAUGAAACUAAGAAAGAGAGAAAACCUUCUUUGCCUGACAGCAGGAGGCAAGAUUCUGGUUGUAGUAUAGAUCCACUUUCCAGGAGGGAAGCAGAUGGUGUUCAGGUUAAAAGCGUGCAGUCCAUGAAGAAAACUAAUUUGGGAAGCUCUCGAUCUACAUCUAGUGAUGCCAAUGGACACAAUGGAACAUCCACUCGUCCAUCAUCUAGGAAUGUCUCUGAUGAUGAUCCACAAAUAGGUGGGCGCCAAACACAUCGGACUUUACCAGGUUUGAUUGCUGAGAUUAUGAGUGAAGGCAAACGCAUGACAUAUGAAGAACUCUGUAAUGCAGUUUUGCCGCAUUGGCCACACUUGAGGAAGCAUAAUGGUGAACGAUAUGCAUAUUCAAGUCACUCUCAGGCUGUUCUUGAUUGCCUGAGGAACCGAAGUGAAUGGGCUCGUUUGGUUGACCGUGGCCCCAAGACCAGCGCAAGUAGAAAGCGGCGCCAACUUGACACUGAUUCUCUGAGUAUUGAGUCACAGGAUGACGAAGACAACAGGGUGAAAAAUUCUAAGGAUAUCGGGAGUAAGAGUUUCGAGUCGCAGCAGGAAGAAUUUCCCAAAGGAAAGCGAAAAGCCAGAAAGCGCCGGCGACUUGCUUUACAGGGGAGGCGCGUCGUUAGGAGGAGGCGUAGGGCCGAAGUCAUUAGCGACGACGAAAGUGAAUCCUAUUCUGACACUAGCGAAGAUAGUACGUCAAGUGAGGAAGAAAUACAGGGCGGUGGCGGGACAUCCGUGGGCGGGAGCGAGGCCUCGGCUAGCUCGGAUGAUGUGUGAUGAUGGUUACUGUCGACCUGCCUUUUCUGUAAGAAGCUUUGCUUUGAUCCACCAACAAGUUAGUUUUAUUAUCUUGUGUUAAAAUCAAAUGCAGUUUGUACAUAUAUGUCGGGUAGUUUGACGCUUGGUGAUUGUGUGUUGUGUCUGUGUAAUAUAUCUCUGUAUCAUGAGAUUAGACAAGCUGUGUGAUUUUAGAGAGAGAUGUUCGAUA